AUGGCAACAACGAAAGAGUCACCGAGAUCGCAGAAGAGGGAUUUUGCGGAGUCUUUUGGUUUAAUUGGACCUUUUCAUGUUGAUGAGAAUGAGCGGGCUCAUCUUGAAAAUCAAAACACGCAAGCAGAACCCGAUAUUCCCCUUCCAUCCAAGGAAACCGCAGAUAUAUCCGAGUCCAAAACUACAUCUGAAUCCCUACCCACACCACCUGUUAGCAUACAAUCGAUUAAACGCGAACGGGAAAGGGAAGUUUCGCCUGCUGAUAGUACGGCUAGUUCUUUGAGUGAUUUGGGAUCGAGGAGUACACCUAGUUUGAGAGGGGUUUCGCCAAUGGUUGGUACGGCUUUUGCGGUGUUGAAUGGAAAUGGCGAUGCGGGUAAGAUGCCUCCGGCUAAGAAACCGAAGUUGACGUUUGCGGAAAAGGAGGCGAGGUUGAUUGAGAAGAAGUUUAGGGAGGAGGAAAGGAAGAGGGAGCGGGAGAAGAAGGAGAAUGAUAAGCAGGCACAAUUGGAAGAGAAGAGGAAGAGGGAUAGGGAGAGAGAUGAGGAAAAGAGGAAGAAGGAUGCUGAGAAGGAGGAGGAGAAGAAACGAAAAGAUGCUGAGAAAGAGGUUGAGAGGAAGAGAAAAGAGGAAGAAAAAGCUGCGAAGGAGGAAAAAAAGAGAUUGAAGGAUGAGGAAAAACGUAAGAAGGAUGAAGAGAAACAGAGAAUCGAAGAUGAAAAGAAGAAAAAGGCGGCAAGUCAAAAGACUUUAUCUUCUUUCUUUGGUACUCCAGCUUCGACAAAAGCUUCAAAAGAUGAAGUCUCAACAAGUCCUACCUCAUCAAGUCUUACCACGGCUGUACCCCCCACAACAUCCGCACAUUCGACUCCGAGUAAGAAAGAGAUUUCACCAUAUGAAAAAAUGUUUCCAGCUUUCUUCGUCCAAAAUGGCGUUAGGUUGGCACCGAUUAAUCACUUUGAGAGAGAUGAUGAAGGAUCACAAGCUUUACAAUCCACAAUUGAUUCAUACAUCUUGGGUAAUCGAAGUCCCAGAAGAAAACGAGAUUUUGAUGCUAUGGAACUCUUUCAUCUCUCAUCAAGCAACUCAGUAAAGCGAGGAAAAUCAAUUGUUGCUGUACGAGAAAUUAUGGCGGAAUUAUCUGGCAAUCCUUCAAAGCCUAUCGACCUCACCACCGACUCUCAAAACUCUCAUAUCAAACGCACAAUAACUCAGCUCAAGGAUGUUCCUAUGAAGUUUUUGAAAUUUCAAGAAGAUGUUAGACCUCCAUAUCAAGGUACAUACACACAUACUCCUAUGUACGGAAUAUCAAAAUUAGCACGCAAUCCCAUGAGACGCGAUCUUCCGAAUACAAAUUACGAUUAUGAUAGUGAGACGGAAUGGAUUGAGGAUGAAGAUGCCGAGGAUUUGAAUAGUGAAGGAGAGGAGGAUGAAGAGGGUCUUGAUGAUGCUGAGGAUAUGGAUGGAUUUCUUGAUGAUGAGAAUGAUGAUUUAUUGAAUUCGAGACGUGCAUUGGGAGGAAUACAAGGUGAUUUAGAACCAGUUAGUACAGGAUUGUGUUGGGAGGAUAGGAAGAAGAGGAGUAGAAAUGUUAAGAUGAUGCCAUUUAGAAUGGAGUUUAUUAUUGAUCCGAAAACCAAAUCUAUGGAUCCCUUCUCAACACAAUACUGGGAACCAAUCGCACCACCCUCCCAAACUGGAACAAUGGAUCCUCCCCGUCUCCCACUAAACUCCAUGAAAUCAACCAACACUCUUCAAACAUCUCCCUCUCCCUCAACCUCUAAAUCCAACAACAAAAUCUCAAAUCAAAAGACCGUUCCACUUUCAUUCUUCGGCUCUUCUCCUUCCCCUUCCGUAUCUUCAUCUCUCCCUAUACAUCCAGCCGCAGGAGACAACAAACCUAAGAAAUUACUACCAGAUUCCGAUCUUCCUGCAUUCAAAGAAGCUAUUCAAGGAAGUGAUUUGAGUAAAGUAGGAUUGGUAGAAGUACUGAAGAAAAAGUUUCCAGGUAGGACUGGAGGCGCGAUUAAGGCGACGUUGGAUUUGGUGGCGAGGAGAGUGGGUGGGAAAGAGGCCGAGAAGAGAUGGGUUUUGGUUUGA